CACAAAAAAGUGAAGAAAAUGAAGACACCCCAAGCCAAAGAUAAGGUACUAUCAUGCUUCUCAUCCUUUAAAGGAAUUUCACGUCGGCGUGAUAUGGCUCUCAUAAUCAAACAAAUCAAUGCUACUUUUGAGUGUAUGAACAAAAGGGCAACAGAUCUUGGCAUUCAAAGCAUGAUUGUGAAUGCACCUGCUGCUGUUGCUCAUACUCCCUUUGAGACGGAUUCGUUCAGUCUUGAUCCAAUCUUUACUGGAAGAGAUGAUGAUGUGCCUAAACUAGUUCACAUGCUCACUCAGACCCACCUAGUGGAAGAGAAACGGGUGUUCUCAACCCUUGCUCUUGUGGGAAUGGGGGGUGUGGGGAAAACUACGUUGACUAGAAAAGUUUUUAAUCAUGAAAGGGUAAAGGCUCGAUUUGGAUCACUAAUUUGGGUUCAUGUUUCUCAAACUUUUGAUGCAAUUAGUCUUUUCAACAAAAUACUUUAUAAGGUGACUAAAAAGGCUAGUGAUGGAGUUGAGAACAAAGAUGAUAUUCUGGAAAAGCUUCAAGAAGCUUUCAAGGUUAGAGUUGAGAGCAGAGAUGAUAUCUUAGAAAAGCUUCAAGAAGCUCUCAAGGGUAAAACUUAUCUCCUUGUUCUUGAUGAUGUAUGGAAUGAUGAUGUUUCGAAAUGGGAAGACUUUAUAAACUCCGUACUGGGAGUUACUUCUACUAACGGAAAUGGCAUUAUCGUCACCACUAGGAGUGCAAAAGUUGCUUCCAUUGUUAACCCAUUUCAUCUUCAUCAUUUGAAUGGCUUAUCAGAUGAAUAUUGUUGGUCUAUAAUCAAAGCCAAACAUUUUGAUAAAAAUGGUGAAGUCCCAUCAGGAUUCGAGAUGAUUGGAAGAAAGAUUGCAAAAAGAUGCAAAGGUUUGCCCCUAGCUGCCAAUGUAGUCGGGGGAGUGCUUCGCGGCAAGUCCGAAGAAGAGUGGCACUUCAUCAAUGAAAAUUGGCUUUCGGAUGAUGAAGGAGGCGAAAAUAUCUCGAAAAUAUUGAAAUUGAGCUAUGAUCACCUCUCUUCACCAUCGCUCAAGAAGUGCUUCACGUUUUGUUCGGUUUUCCCCAAAGGUUUGGAAAUCGUUAAGGAAGAGUUGAUUGAACUGUGGAUGGCAGAAGGGUUUCUUCAACCUACCCGAAGAGAUGACAUGGAGUCUGUGGGUAACACGUAUUUUAAUGUGCUUCUACAAAACUCUUUGCUACAAGUUGCUGAGAAAGAUGGUUAUGAAAGUGUUUCAAAGUGUGUGAUGCAUGAUCUUGUGCAUGAUGUUGCAUUGUCUGUCUUAUCCAAUAAUGCAGAUGACAGUACCCCUGCUCGGUACAUGUUUCUGAAAAAAGAAUCAAGUCCUAUACCAGAAAAUGUGGCCAAGCAUUUGCGUACAUUAUUCUUGGAAGGUGGAACUUCUUGUACUAAGUUCUCAGGCUUUGAAUGUUUGCAUAAUCUUACUCUUUCUGGUGAUUAUAAAGAGUUUCCCAAUUCAAUUAGGGAGUUGGUACAUUUGAGAAAUCUGAAUAUUUAUGAUACAGAAAUUGUAAACUUGCCGAAAUGGAUUGGUAAACUCCAUCACUUGCAAACAUUAAGAGCACGCCGGGGGUUAGAGAAUCUGCCAAGUACAUUGAAGUAUAUGUUUAACUUAAGGCAUCUUCAUAUCAGUUCUAAUACAAAGUUGCCAGCGGAGAUUGGGAGAUUAACUAGUCUCCAAACAUUACCUUAUUUCAGAGUAGGAAAAGAGAAGGGCUUCCAAAUUGAAGAGCUCGGAAAUUUGAAGAAUCUUCAAGGAUCUCUAGAGAUUCAAGAUCUGGAGAUGGUGCUUGAUAAGGAAGAGGCUCUGAAAGCAGAUAUAUUUCAGAAACCAAACUUAUUUGAUUUGGUGUUUGAAUGGAGUGAUGGUAGAGAAGAUGAAAGAAAUGAUGAGAGUGUGUUGGAAGGCCUCGAACCUAAUGCAAAUCUGAAGAAGUUGAAGAUUUCAGGAUUCAAAGGCAAAAGACUUCCAACAUGGGCUGAGAAGAUGGCAGUACGUGAUGGGCCUCAAGGAUCUUUGGUACCACUGGAUAACUUGAUUGAAAUAAAACUCUUUGGGUGCUCAGAAAUUGAGGAAUUUCCAAAGCUGGAGCACUUGCCUAAUCUCAAGUCUCUUUAUUUGGAAGGAUUGAAGAAGGUGAGGUAUAUAAAUACUUCAUUCAAUCAUUUAACGUCACUCCGAUUAAAAGAGCUAGAGGCAUUGGAAUGUGUGCCAGAAUGGUUAUUCUUUAAGAAUCAGGAUAUCAAAGUUUUGACAUUAUCAGGAUGUCCUUUGUUGAGGGAAUUAGCAGAUGGCGUUGACACCCUCAAUUCACUGGUGGUGUUGGAUAUUAGGGAUUGUGAGAAUCUGAAGUCGAUAGGGAAUCCAAGUGGUGGAACACGACAAUCACUUUGUUGGCUGAUUAUUAGAGGGUGUGGAGAGCUGAUGGAAUUGCCGUGUGAAAUGCUAGAGUGGUGGGGCCCUACAAUUGAGCUUCUCUUAUUGGAAGGAUUAGGGAAGCUAAAGAAUCUACCAAUGCUAAUUGACUGCCUCGCUAAGUCAUCUACUCGUCUCUCAUAUUUGAGGAUUUUAGGUGUUCCUAAAUUGAUGGCUGCUAGUAUUGGUAGUGUUGAGAGUUGGGAUCUUAGCAGCUUGAGAGCAUUAGAGAUAGAUGUGAGUGUGGAAUGGUCAAGAGAGGAUAGUGUUGGCAUUGCAGAGACUGUGGAAGGAAUGUUGCAGAGAUGCUGCAACUCACUCACAGAGUUAAAUUUGAAGGGGGUGGAAAAUUGGGAGUGGCUGCCCCAAUCCAUUCAAAAUCUCACCUCUGUUUCUGUAUUAAGUUUGGAGAAGAUAGGAGUAGAAGAAUUGCCCCAAUGGUUGGGCAACCUCUCAUCUCUAACAGAGUUACAUCUACGGAAUUGCAGCAAGUUGAAGCGUCUGCCCUCUAUGGAUGCAUUGAAGGAACUCGUUGUUAAUGAUUGCCCAGAACUACAUAUUGAUUCGGAGUGGCGCAACCACCAUCCACAUCUCAAAAUCAUCAAGGUUUGAAUGUUUGUUGCAAUUAAUACUCGUAUAUGAGAAUCAUAAAUGAGCCAUACUGAUACGAGCAUCCCCAUCAGUAACCACCGUGAAACCCCGGAGCAAGGAGAGCGAGAAGCCGAACAGCCGAGCACGAGCUCGGAGCAGAUGGAACGAGAGGCUACGACCGAACAGCCGAGCACGAGCAAAGCCGAACAGCCGAACACGAGCAACGCAGCAACGACGAGGUCAUUGAGGCCGAGGAACCGAAUUAGACCACCGCAAAGGCUAGGGGAUUAGGAUCGCGUGUCCGCGAUCGAUUAGUAGUAGGUUUCUUUAUUUACGUCUUUUUUUAUCUCUUUUAGGAAUAUUAUUAUUAUUUUUGUGGCAAUUGAGUCGGGCGAAUUAUAAGCCCCGUUCGGGUUUUCUUAGUUGGUUCUUUCCCGAACGUAUUAGGAUUAGGUCGAACCAACCCUAGGGUUUAGUUAUAAAUAGAGCCAAUGUAAUAGCAAAAAGGGGGGAAUAAUAUUAACUUUGGCUCAA